UCGUCUCUCUGUAAUCAUCCAACAGUUGUACGUGCACGAGCUGAGCACGAUGAUGACCGGUGGUCUCCCUCUACCUCCAGCAGUAGUGCUCCUUCUUCUUCUUCCCGUGUUGCUUGCAUUGGCAUGGCGAGCCACCGCCGCCGCCUCCGCCGCCGGAGACCGCAUCGGGCGGCUGCCGGGGCAGCCGGCCGUGGACUUCCCGAUGUACUCGGGGUACGUGGCGGUGGACGAGGGCGCCGGCGGGCGGGCGCUCUUCUACUGGCUCCAGGAGGUGCCGCCGGAGGCGCAGCCGGCGCCGCUGGUGCUGUGGCUGAACGGCGGGCCGGGGUGCUCGUCGGUGGCGUACGGCGCCUCCGAGGAGCUCGGCGCGUUCCGCAUCCGGCCUGACGGCGCCACGCUAUUCCUCAACGAGGACCGAUGGAACACAGCGGCGAACAUCUUGUUCCUGGACUCGCCGGCCGGCGUGGGGUUCUCCUACACCAACACCAGCUCCGAGCUUUACACCAACGGCGACAACAAAACAGCCCACGAUUCCUACACUUUCCUGGUGAAAUGGUUCCAGAGGUUCCCGCAGUACAAGUACCGCGAUUUCUACAUUGCCGGAGAGAGCUACGGAGGGCACUACGUGCCGCAGCUGUCGCAGGUCGUGUACCAGAACAACGCCGGCGUCGCGAAACCCAUCAUAAACUUGAAAGGAUUCAUGGUGGGCAACGCGGUGAUCAACGACCACACGGACUACGCCGGCAUGUUCGAGUCGUGGUGGAACCACGGGCUCAUCUCCGACGACACGUACGGGCAGCUCAAGGCCUCCUGCGGCAGCAACGACUCCAUCAUCCACCCGUCGCCGGCGUGCAACACGGCGACGGACGUGGCCGCGGUGGAGCAGGGGGACAUCGACAUGUACAGCAUCUACACGCCCCUCUGCGGCCAGACGUCGUCGUCGUCGACCAAGAGAUCAUCCCAGUCGUCGCCGUUGAUAGGCCGCCACUAUCACCACCCAUGGAGGAUGGGGGGAUCGUAUGACCCGUGCACCGAGAGCCACUCGACGGUUUACUACAACCGGCCGGAGGUGCAGAGGGCUCUCCACGCCAACCUCACCGGAAUAAACUAUCCAUGGGCGACCUGCAGUGAUUUAAUCAACACCAACUGGGGAGAUUCGCCAAAGUCCAUGCUUCCUAUAUACAAAGAGCUUAUCGCAGCUGGCCUAAGGAUAUGGGUCUUCAGUGGAGACACGGACGCAGUAAUCCCCUUAACAUCAACAAGAUACUCCGUUGAUGCUCUUGGCCUCCCAACUACCACUAGCUGGUACCCGUGGUAUGAUAAGAAACAGGUUGGUGGAUGGAGUCAAGUGUACGAGGGCCUGACCUUGGUGACCGUCCGAGGCGCAGGGCACGAGGUUCCCCUCCACCGCCCGCGGCAAGCACUCAUACUGUUCCAACAAUUCUUGAAGGGGGAACCCAUGCCGAAAAAUGGAACCGUGGCAUAGUGUUAUCUUUGAUUUUUAUUUGCAUAUACUAUAAUGUGAAAUAACACAACAUUAAAUUGUUGUGUGCUAUACAUAGCACAUUCAAGUAGUUAUCUCUUCCCAAUGCAUAUGUAUAUUGUACACAAGUUAAAAUUGAAGAACAAGAACAACGGCACACAUGUAUAUUGAUUCUCUUUGAGGUGUUAAAUGUAAAAAUGACUGCCAUGUUGGCAUGUCACGUAAGCAAAGUAUGUAUUGCUCA